AUGUCUUUCGAUUUCGAACAAGUCAAAAGGUUCGAGGGAAUCGUUAAAAAUAACUUGCUCUUUGACGCCUGCCUGGCAGCACAUAACGGCAAAGUGGUGAACAAAAGCUCGGACUUGCGUUCUCUGCCGGUGGAGGCCACCUCCUGGGAAGCGGCCCGCACGGAGCGGAGCUUCAGGGACAGGCCCGGCUCGGGUCUGGGCUCGGGCCCGAGCUCGGGCCUCGUGCCGGGACCGGGAUCUGCGCCCCCCGUCGUUAGCGGAGGGCCGGCAGCGGGACGCGGAGUCCUGUCCUCGUCGUCUUCGAACGGCGUGGGCGGCGAGCCCCCGUCUCGGCCGAGCGCCUACUGGGACGACCCCCACUUCAGGCCCCACUUCGACAACAGCACCGACCGGAACGUGACGGCCCAGCUGGGCAAGUCCGCCUUCCUGCACUGCAGGAUUUCGCAGCUCGGAGACAGAACGGUGUCGUGGGUGCGUCAGCGUGACCUGCACAUCCUGACGGUGGGCACGUACACGUACACGUCGGACCAGCGGUUCCACUCGAUCCACCUGGAGGGCUCCGAGGACUGGACCCUGGAGGUGCGCUACACCCAGAAGUGGGACGCCGGCGUCUACGAGUGCCAGGUCUCCACCGAGCCAAAGAUGAGCCUCAACAUCUCGCUCGCCGUCGUCGUGGCCAAGGCGCGUAUCCCGGAGGGCUCCAAUCUAUACAUCCAGAGUGGCAACACCAUCAACCUGACGUGCGUGGUGACGGACACCCGGGCGCCCCCGGUCUACGUGUUCUGGUACCACGACGACCGGAUGAUCAACUACGACUCGGCGAGGAGGGCUGGCAUCCGCGUUACCACGGAGAGGGGGCCCUCGACCACUGUGUCCAGGCUCCAGGUGCCGGACGCCGCCACGGGCGACUCGGGCAACUACUCGUGCAUCCCGUCGUACGCGGACCCGGCAAACAUCACCGUGCACGUGCUCAACGGUGAAAAGCCCGCAGCCAUGCAGCACGGUCGCCAGGGAAACCUCGCUGAGAGGUCGCUAUCGUCGCUGCUUCUCGUCACGGGAGUGGUGUUGUUACACCGACUCUUUACCCAUGCCGUGGAGCAGAGAUAGUGCGUUGCUUUCGGACUCCGAAUGCGUGCCCACAAAUACGGACAACCACGCCAAGACCCCCGUCCUCCCUGCGUACCCACUCGUCGCAGUGCAAGUGACAUCGCA